GCCUGAAACUUACUCUUUACUGUCAAUCAAGAAUUUCGCCGCAUACUAUGUAUUACAGCCCUUUCUCUCAUCUCGUUCUCGAUGGCCCUCCUCCUCCUCCGCCGCGUCGUCGCCUCUUCCGCGGAGCGCACCGCCGCCGCCACUAACAUAGCAGCCCGCCUUGUUCCAACACAGUGGAUUUCCUCGCAGGCGGAGCCUGCCUCAUCGAAGCCGAAGAAGAUGAAGACGUUCUCGAUCUACCGUUGGAAUCCCGACAAUCCGACGACGAAGCCGCAGCUCCGUGACUACGAAUUGGAUCUCAGCGAGUGCGGGCCGAUGGUCCUCGACGCAUUGAUCAAGAUAAAAAAUGAGAUGGAUCCGAGCCUCACCUUUCGGCGAUCGUGCCGCGAGGGGAUCUGCGGUUCCUGCGCCAUGAAUAUGGAUGGAGACAAUGGGCUGGCGUGCCUCACUAAGAUCCGCUCGGAAAGCGGUACGGCAACUACGAUCACGCCGCUGCCGCACAUGUUUGUCAUCAAGGAUCUUGUGGUGGACAUAGACAUGACCAACUUCUACUUGCAGUAUAAGAGCGUGGAACCGUGGCUGAAGCUCAAGGACGCGCCUGCAGUGCCGGGGAAGGAGAAUCUCCAAAGCAAGAAGGAUCGGGCCAAGCUGGACGGCAUGUACGAGUGCAUUCUUUGUGCUUGCUGUACCACAUCCUGCCCUAGCUACUGGUGGAAUCCGGAGUCCUACCUUGGCCCGGCCGCCCUUCUACAGGCCAAUAGAUGGAUUCAAGACAGCCGCGACCAGUAUACAAAGGAACGUCUGGAUGCCAUUAAUGAUGAAUUUAAACUGUAUCGGUGCCAUACCAUAAAGAACUGUGUGCACGCCUGUCCAAAGGGAUUAAAUCCUGCCAAGCAGAUUGAAUCAAUUAAAAAGCUUCAGCUCAAGCAGUAGCUGCUCUUCAUAUGUUUUUUACCGA